AUGGUUCACUUCUUGGCUCACUGGGAACGAACGAUAGGAAAUCAGCCGAUUAGACUGUAUAAAAACAAUGGUACGCUUGCGGAGCGAAUGCGUUUGGACGAAAGGAUUGCGUUCGGGAUCGAAUUCGGUCACCUCAAGAGGACUGAUGGCAAUGUCACAGUGUCGCUGACAUUCAAGGACGACGAAGUGCCGCUGGAGCUGCAUGUCGAUGGAAUGCGGGGCGCCUGUCGACAAACGUCGAAAAGAUAUGCCCCUGAGGAAUUGGACAGGUUAUAUCCGGAAUUCAGACAGUGUGAGGCGGGGAAAUAUCUGCGAUCCCCCUUUGUUUUGGCGCAAACCGUGCUCAUGCACAGCGUAAUUGCGGCAAAGGCGGAAUAUGAGCUGGAUCCACAGUUCCCGGUUACGUCAAAAUUCAGACAGAUUCUAAUGAAUAAGCUAGAACUGCCUGGCGUAUCGCUAAUUGCAGAAGACUUUCCGCUACACGUGGCGUUGCACACACAAUAUCCGCAAUUAGCCGCGGCUACGCCAUUGUUCAUAAUGUUUGCAUUUUCCCGGUUUAUCAUAUCAUCCAUUCAUGACGUGGUGGCGGAGAAGGAAUCCAAAUUAAACGAGGUGAUGAAAAUAUUUGGACUCGGCACGGCGGAGCACUGGGUUUCUUGGCUGCUGACUGCCUGCAUCAUGAACCUUCUCUACACUGGAAUUACCAUGAUCUUGUGUAGAUUGUGCAAUAUGUUUGGAGAGUCCAAUUAUCUUGUGAUUGCAGUUCUCUUUUACUUCUACCUGCUGUCCUUGCUUACUUCCGGAUUCCUCGUAUCGGUGUUUUUCGAUACCUUGCAAGGCGCUAGUGCUGCCGGAAUGGUGUACCACGUGGUUUUGAACGGCGUUGGUCUGAUGCUGAGCAGUCUGCGGGACACUCCACAGAUUUACAAGAAUUUGCUCUGCUUCUUCUCCCCAGUCACGUUCUCUUUGUGCAUUGACGAGAUUAUUCGGGCAUUGCCAAUGAAACCGCUUACCUUGAGCAACUGGUUCGAUUUCCGGAAUAGCAAUAUCGGAUUCUAUACACUUGCGCUCAUUGGCGGUUCUCUAGGAUAUUGGUUGCUGGCGUGGUACCUUGAUACGGUUCUUGCCAGCUCAUUUGGUAUUGCUUUGCCGUGGUACUGGCCAAUCACGGAACUGAUGAAGUACAUGACGGGAGCGCGCUAUGGGCCGGACGCGCCGGUCUCGCAUCCGGCUAUGGACGCGUCAGACGAUGCAAUCGGUGAUAUUGCUGGCUUUUCAGAGCCGGUUCCUGCCCAAAUUAAAGAAAAAGGAAGAGCUGUCCAGAUUCGAGGUCUCGUCAAGGAAUUUACUACUGCCGGUGAGGUCAAGAGGGCCGUCGACAAUUUAUCCCUGGAUGUGUAUCGAUCUGAGAUAUUUGCGCUUCUCGGCCACAAUGGCGCUGGCAAGACUACAACCAUAUCAAUUCUUACUGGAAUGUUGGUUGCUGACGGUGGUGACGCUUUGGUAAAUGGAUACAGCAUUAGGACGGAGUCAAAGCAAGUACAGCAAUCUAUUUCGGUGUGUCCUCAACACAACAUCUUUUUUGAGGAGUUGUUGUGCAUAGAACACCUUUGCUUCUUCGCAGGUCUUCGGGGAAUAGAAGUGAGAGAGCCGCUGCUUAAACUUCAGAAUCCUUCGGUCUAUGCUGAAGAGGUUAUGGAACAAGUUCAGAAGAUGCAAAUGGAGCGCCAGAUGCGCCAGGUAAGGGGUGAGGAGAUUCAUUACGAACAUUCGGACACCAAAACAUGGAACGGAGUAUUGGACCUGAUUGAUCGUUUCGGCCUCAUGUCGAAAAUGUUUACGCACCCGCGAACGCUGUCCGGCGGUCAAAAGCGCCGUUUGUGGUUGGCCCUGGCGCUGCUUGCCGAACCAGCGGUCGUGUUCCUUGAUGAACCGACUUCUGGGGUGGAUCCCGUUGGAAGACAGGACAUUUGGAAAGUGAUCCAGGAAGAGAGGAAAACGGGUAGAUGCAUCAUUCUAACCACGCAUCACAUGGAGGAGGCUGAUAUUCUCGCGGAUAGGAAGGCUGUCAUGGCGGCGGGAAAAUUGAGGUGCUUGGGAUCCUCCCUGUUCCUGAAAAGUAAAUUUGGAAUCGGAUACUAUCUGGAAGUACAGCUUGAACGUGAUUUGGACCCAAGCCAAAGAGAUGUCUCAGUCAGGCAGAUUACAGACUUGAUUAGAAGCCACGUUCCAUCGGUCAAGCCAAUUCUUACGAAGAAGGAGGCCGGCACUUGGGCAUCUAUAUCUCUCGUGGCCGGGGUGCUGAUUUUCGCGUUGCCCCUCGCGGAGCUGCCUAAUUUCGGCCCACUUCUAAUGGAGAUGGAGGACCAGAAAUCCACGUUAUCUAUAAGGGACUAUGCCGUUUCUAUGUCCACUUUGGAAGAAGUGUUCUUUAGACUGGGAGAGGAAAAUCAAGACACAGAUGAACCGCUUGAAGAGACAGAAGAACUCGGUGUCCACGGGCGUCGUCGGUCAUCCGCUGCCUUACCUUUACCAAGCGAAAAUGAGGCCGCAGAAGAAGACAUUCACUUGGGAAUGAAUGAUAGCGACGAAGUGGCUGCCAAUCUGGCUAAUCAACGGUUCCAGAGACCGCAAGGCAGUUCGCUAAUCGACCAACUGAUUGGCGUUACGUAUCUGAGGUACGCCCAAGUGUUCCACAACUUGCGGGCAUUCUGCCUCGAUGUGCUACUGCCUACUGGAUGCUUCUUGCUUGGUCUCUUCUUACGCCGGGGUGACGGCCCCCAUUCAAUGGAUUUGGGAUUUGACGUGAAGGUUCAAAGGUAUUUCAUGAACAGUCCUGAAUUGAUCAACCAGACCAUUCCGUACUAUGUGGACAGCGAACUGUCCAAUUUGGGGCGGCAGAAGGUCUUCAAACUCAUCGAUCAAUUGCCUUUCAAGCACCAAUUGAUGCCUCUACACCCGUGCAUGGCUCCAGAGAACCUAGUCGAAAUCUCUGGAAAGCAAUGCCAAGCUGCCUUGUUGGAAGCAAGCAAGCUGUCUGCGGAGCGCUCGCUGGACGUGGACUUCGAAGUCACGCCCACAACGAAUAAGGAAUAUCUUCUAAGAAGGCCGACCAAACUGAAGCGGUUCGGCCCCGACGCUCCAGUUAUUGAAGAGGACUACCCGUACGCCUUCAAUAUCGCCCCCGAACUGCGGAGUGGUAAGGUGCGAUCUGAGGGAAAUAUCCUUAGGAACUUUGUGUGGCGAAGCACACAAGCUGACAUGUUCGGUGUGUGGGAUAAUUUCUAUCCCGCUGCUAUUCAAUUUGAACCGAAUCCUCACGCUUUGAAUGAUGACACUCCAUUCGACGCGGUAUCUACAGAUCCAGAUGAUGUUCUAAUUCGGUAUAUGUGGAACCCAUAUGCUCCACAUUCAUUCCCAGCUUUCCUCAAUGGUUUGGGUACCUCUGUGGCCAAUAACGCACUUCCAUCCAAAAACGGACAACACGAAUUCGAAUUCCGAUCGACGCCCACAUACAGGGACAUACCGGUAUAUAUAACCACACUGACGUGGGCUUUGCACUCGCUCUUAUCACUGGGUAUGUCCUUCUUGCCAUCCCGGUUCGGCCAUCAAGUCAUGUACGACAACUACAUGAAGACCAAGCACUCGCUUAUCGUCAUGGGAUGUCCGUUUGUUGUGUACUGGAUCGGGACAUUCAUCAUUAACUGGCUGGUGAUGGUGCUGACUAAUACGAGCAUAACGUUUGUGGUAGGGUCAUUCAUACCACUAUUCGCACGCCAUCCGUGGAGCCUAUGGAUGCUUCAAGCAUGUUUGCUUGGACACGCCGCCGCAAUGCUGGUGUACGGAUACUUCUUCACCUUCGUCAUGACCAGUUCCAGGAGCUAUAGCGUGUUCAUGCAGCUCAGCACCAUGCUCCUUUCCCUUGGACCGGCUUAUAUUGUCUCCACGUUCUAUGACUAUAAGCUCUACGUCUGGGGCAUCCCGCUACGUUAUCUUUCUGGCAUUAUCCACAAGAUCUGCGUGUUCACUCUUGCCCCUUACAUUCCGCUUGGCUCCAUGAUGACUAUUAUCAUGAUUAUGAACCAAGCUGAGCAAGAGCGCCGAACUGCCCGUUUGGAUGAAUUCCUGUCGCUGAACAACCAGGUUGUUUGGUGCGUCCUUGGUGCUAUCUUCCAGACAGUCGUUUACGGAGCUCUCAUCAUCUAUCUUGACGCGAGGGAGUACACGGCAAAGAAACCAAAUCGGCAUGCGGUUAAGGCUUUGAAACAAUGGAAGGAGGUGAGGACCAAUGUCCGACAGCAGGUUUUGAGCCAGCCUGGUGCUAGUGAGGCUAUGGUUCCUGCUCAAUUCCAGAUCACCAAGGACCAAGAUGUGCUUCAAGCAGAAGCCGAGGUGGAUGACAUUAUGACCGUUUACAACGCCCAAAUGCAGGCGGAAACGACCAACGCUCCCAUUCCCCGCUACUUCCCUAAUCUCAGAUUGGGGAAACAGCCCAAGGACCUGCCCGCGAUAUUGAUCCACAAUCUUCACCAUCUGUAUCUGCCCACUUCCUCGGCGGGCGACGUGACUGUGGCCCAAAAGGGAACAAGUUUCUGGGUUAAGAGUGGAGAGGUGAUGGGAUUGCUCGGUCCGAACGGUGCAGGAAAGUCAACUACUAUCAACCUACUGACAUGUGAUCCCCACAUUGAUGCCCCGACUGAAGGUGACGGAUAUCUGGGUGGUAUCUCGGUUAGCACCACCCCACAAGACGCUUACGCACACAUCGGACUCGUGCCCCAGUUUGACGCGCUUUGGCCAGAUGUGACUGUCAGUGAUAACCUGUACACGUUUGCCAAAGUCAAGGGCCUGUCCCGCGAAGAAAGGGUGAAAGUGACUGGCGAUUUGCUGAAAAAACUGGAUCUGAUACCUCACCAACACAAGAGAAUUCACGAGCUUUCAGGAGGUAACAAGAGACGAGCCUCUAUCGCCGUGGCAUUCUUGGGUAACCCAAGAGUGGUGCUCAUGGACGAGCCGUCAUCCGGUAUCGACCCGGCAGGAAGAAGAAAAUUGUUGGAGAUGCUAAUGGCCGAGCGUCAACAGCGUGCGAUCAUCAUCACUACUCACUCCAUGGAGGAGGCUGAGAGUCUGUGUACCAAGGUCGGAAUUGUGGUGAAUGGACAGCUACAGUGUCUGAACACAUGCCUGUCGAUCAAGAAUGCUUACGGCACGGGAUUGAGACUGGAAUUGGAGCUUGCCGCGGACUGGAGAGGCACUGGUAGGCUUCGUCAAAGCGACCGUGAUGCCGUAGUUGCAUGGGUGAAGAACAAGCUGCAUCCUGACAGCGUACUGACGGAAGAGGUGGCAUCUCGCCUUUACUUCACGAUCCCGGUGGAUUCGAGCAAGCUUGGUGAGAUUUUCACAGCCCUUUCAACUGAGAGCGAGCAAGUCGGAAUUAAGGAGUACGCCGUGGCGCAACCCACAAUGGAUCAAGUGUUUGCGAUCUUCGCGAAACGCCAACAGAAUUUGCAGGAGCCUUAA